UAUCUGUUAAAAAUGAAUUAAUCAGCCCCUAAAAGAUCAUCAAGUUUUGGCAAAUCGUUUAACUUUCCGUUUGAAAUCUCUUCAAAAGAAUCAAAUAGAUCUAUAUACUUAACUGAAACAAAGACCAAAAAAAUUGACAGAUCAAUUAAUGUUCCUUUAAAUAGUUGGAGAGAGUUGUCUCUAAUUGAAUUACUUAAUGAAGCAAUAGAAUUGUUAUAAGAAAACAAAUCUAAUAUUAUUGACUAAUAAAAAGUGUAAUUAGUAUUAAUAUCUAGUUUAAGAGAUUGAUUACAUAAUAUGAAAAUUUUAAACAAACUAACGAAAAAAAGUAGAUGCUCUUCUAAAAAAGAUCUAAAAUUAUUAAAAGUAAUAUAGAAAAUAUAAUAUCAUCAUAAAAUGACUUUUAAAAUUACUUAUAAGGUGUAAAGAAAUUAUGA